AGUUGCCAGCAGUAUGGCUCUGAAAUUUUAUUUUUUAUGUUUCUCUGCUGCCAUAUCAAUACUUGUUUCACUGCCAGCUGUAGAAUGUUUUGAUAUAUUUUGGUAUCUUUGGCAGUUUUCUGCAGUAUCACUUGCUAAUGAGACCAGUGACAUUGUCAACAUCUCAUCAUCUAUAAAGACACCAACUGGAUUUUCGACAGAAAUAUUACUUCAAGAUAAGUUACUGUUAUCAAACCAAACAACAGCUGUGAGAGAAGAAAACACGACGAAAGUAUACGAAAUGUAUCUACCAAAUGAAGAGGAGUACUCAAGGCGUGUAAAUAAAAUGCUAUUCUAUUGCAUUAUAGGGCUCUCAUGUGUAGCAGUGGUGAUGGUGUGUCUUCAUGUUGUAUUAUAUUUUGUGAUUAAAUUGUAUCCAUAUAAAGCCACAAUGAAAAUGUCAAUUUAAAUAUCACCAAUAUCCGACUCUUUAAAUUUUACAUGUAUUAGACUAUGCGGAAGUCAUAAGAGUACUUGACGGAUGUGAAUAAUCGUACCAAAUUAUGUUUGUUUCUACAUUGUUUUCAUGACAAAAACAUAUAUAAUAUGUUAUAAUGCUUCAUUUGGAAAUAAAAAUACCGGUAUACACAUUGCGUACAUUAUGCAAUGCAAUAAACAGGACGAAAAACCACGUGUAGGUAAUUUUUAAUUAUUACA